AGAAUGCUAGGAUUACAGGUGAGCCACUGCGCCUGGCAUCCUUUACUAAAUGUUUUAUGGAACUGGAUAUUAUGUUGGAUGAGGAACACUUCCCCUACCUAGGAUUCUCAAACCAAAACCUGUUAAAGUCCUCAUGGAGGCUGCAGUUAGGAAAGUAAGAGUUGAUGGGACUAAGGUAAAUGUUUAUAGGGGAGUUGGUACAUUUGAACACACUUUAUGUGAAGUGGUUGCAUCUCUUUUACCUGAUUGUAUUGUGGGGAUGGACAUACUGUACUAUAUGUUAUAUACAGUACUAUAGCUAGUACUGUAAAAGAGAAGGAAUAUAAAUCUGCCCUUGUACCAAUAUUAUUUGGACAUGCUAAAUGGGGCUAAAUGGGAACUGGUAAGAUUGUAUAAGCUCACACAAUGUAUAGUAGAAGCUGGGGUGCUGGUCGGGACAAAUUCUCCAUUUGAUAACCCUUUAUGGAGUGUUUACUGGGGGCUUAUGGCAAAUCCUGUGAGCACCUCCCAGCAGGACUACUGGGAUUUUGGACUAGAGAAUUUCCACUGGGGGGCAUUUACUGCCUUGCUAUGAGACAUUAACUGAAGCUACCCCUAUGACUGAGGGACAUAAAAUGAUCCUGAUACCUGAAAUAGCCAUGCUUUCUUGGGUGGUGUAAGAGAAACAAGAUAAUGAGGACGGCAGUGCCCAGAAGAGUUCCAUUAUAAAAUGGAAAUGGUUUAUAUGGGUUCAUGCUCCCUGCAGAGUGCAAGGAGGAGAUUCACAAGCAGGGAGCCUCUGUUUCUCCUAGGACUGACUCUGGAACUGUGUGAGGAGCUGCUUGCUGUAUUCUACUGUCACUUGGAGAGUGUUCUAUAAAUAGCUCUGAAGUGACCACCCAAGAAUUGCUGGGUUUGUAGAGGACAGUUCCAAGGUGAAUGGACAAUAUCCUAUUUGGAAGGUUGCUACUCUUAAUCAAGGAAGGUAAGAACUAAUCAGCUUGCUGGGCUGGAUUACAUUUUGAAGAAAUGAACAAUAGUAAAGGCUUCUGUGUUUGAGUUUUUACUGAUGCAGGGCCAGAAGGGCAAUGGAAACCUGCCCUUUCAAGGCAUGCCCAUAUGGAGCAUGGCCCUAUGGAAAUUUGAAGGGGUGCAUUAAAGUAGGAAAAGUCGAUGCCCAUCAGAAGAGCCCCCUUCUAGGUUAGGAAGGUGAUGGGAAUCAAAAAGCAGAGAUCCUUGUGUGCUCCCUUGACAUGGCCACCUGGGUUCACACAAUGUGUGGGUAUGGGGCUACCGCGGCAGCGCAGAGAUGGGCUGAAUCUAGACACAUUCCUCUUGCACCCUUUUCAGGCACAAAAUGCCAAUAAGAGUGUUGUCUACAACAGAGACUGGUGAUGGCUGUGGGGCAGAGUCCCUGGUGAGAAGGUCCAAAAUAUAGCUGGCAAGUGAGACUGAUGCUGGUAGCCCUGGGUGGCUACAAAUAGGUCUUACAGGAAUAGACAUUUACUUAAGACUGGGCUUUGCUUACCCUGUGAAAGAUGCAAAUGGUUAGAGUUCUAUAGAAAAACCAGAAGACAUUGCAUGGAUUUGGAUGGCCAACCAUCAUUUCUUCAGACUAAGGAACAGCCAUAAUGUUCAACAAUGGAUAGAAAGAUAUCCUCCUCAGAGUAAUAGUCUGAUAGAGAAGUGGAAUGGACAAUUAAAACAUUGGUUGUCUAAAACAGGGAGGAGAUAAAAGGAUGAAGGGCUGGAUUACAUGCUUUCAUGAGUGUGUGUUCAUAGGUGACAUGGAGCUAUUGGAGGGUCCUGGCGCCAUAGAUUCCACUGUUUUUCUAUGGUAUCUGGGGAGGAGGGGUGAGGAAGGAUGCUGAUAUGGCUGUAUAAUUCUUGCCAUGGGAGGAGUAUGCUGGUAUAAUGAUUAUGCUUUUUUCUUUCUUUCCCACAUCACCUGAACUUUUUUUUUCCCCUUUCCCCUACCUGAUGCAGUGGUCCUAGGACCAGGGCUGCAAAUGCAGCUUACAGAAACAGGGAUGAAAUCUAAGCAAGGAACUGUAACUAUGUAUUUAAACCUUAUGUCAUAAUUCCUAAGGCCUGAUGGAGGUGGGUUGUGCCUUCAUCCCAUCUGGCAAAAUUGGGGCUAAGAGUGAAUACUUCAUAUUGCAUGGUAGCAAAAAUAGCUCAGUAGUUCUCCACCUGUGUAACCUUACCCAAUCUGAAUGGGAGUGGACCAAGGAGGAGCUGCUUGCUAGACUAGUAUUGCUUCCUGUAAUCUAGACAUGCACUGCUUGCAAUCUAGACCAGCACGACGGCCAUUCUAAUGUCCUUUCCAAAUGUGGAAGAGUUUGGGUGUUUAUGGAGGGAAGGAGAAAUAGUAGCUGAUGGAAAGAAAUGAAUAAAUGGGUUAUGAACUGAGGGAAAGCCAGUAUUACAAUAACACCUUGAAAGAGGCUCAGAGCAAGAGAUGACAUUGUCUCUGAGCUCAAUUAUUAUAUCAGAUGUUUGAAAGGGUGAAGUUCUAUGUUUGCUGUGAUCAAUCCUGCUUUUGGAACCUGACAAGACUGAAGGAAAGCCUGCCAACCUGAGUGACCUUACAUGGGAGAUAUUCAUACACUAUCAUGGAUUGGACUAAUUAUUAAUGAGUGAAUGGGAUUCUAGUAAUGUGUCAAUGACUUUUGAGUUGUAUAUCCUUUUGAUGUAAGGGAUUGGUUUUGAAGACUAAGGGUGGACUAUGAGUUUGUAAAAUAUAUUUGGUCUUUGACCCUAUUUCCUGGUAUACAACUCCUAAAAUCCUCACAAACUCCAAAGUGAUGUCUUUUUUGCAUGGUAAUGAGAUGACUGAUGGGUGAAUUCCCUAGGUAUUAAAUAGCUUCAGGAUGGGGCUGGUCACAGGCAAGACCUAGGCAGGAAUAGAGGGUUGGGACUUUCGCCCAUAUCCUGGGAGGUGGGGGCUGCGGUGAGAGGGGCUGAAGGUUACAUUAAUCACCAAUGGCUAAUGGUUUAAUCCAUCAUGACUGCUUAAUUAAGCCUCCAUAAAAUCCCAAAACAACAAGGCUGUGAGAGCUUCUGGAAGGCUGCCAGGUGUGGAUAUUCCUAGAGGGUAGUGCCCCUGGGGAGGGCAUGGAAGCCCUGUUCCCUUUCACUCAUACCUGGUUCUAUGCAUCUUUUCAUCUGUAUCCUUUGUAAUAUUUUUUAUAAUAAACUGGGAAACAUAAAAUAAAUGUUUCUCUGCAUUCUGUGAGCCAUUCCAGCAAAUUAAUUGAACUAAAGGAGAGAGCCAUGAGAGCUCCAAUUUAUAUAGCCUGUUGGUCAGAAGCAUGGGUGAAACAACCUGGGGCUUGUGAUUGGCAUCUGAAUGUGAGCAGUUGGGGACCAAGCCCUCAGCCUGUGGGAUCUGAAGUUAUCUCCAGGUAGACAGUGUCAGAAUAGAACUGAAUUAGAGGACACCUAGCGGGAGUCCACUGAAGAAUUGAUAGCUUGCUUGUUGGUGGGGAGAAAUCCCCCCACAUUUGGUCAAAGAAGUCUUCUGUGUCGAUAGUACUUUGAGUUUGUGUGAGAGUUUUUUCUACUCUCAUCAAUUGGUGUCAGUGAAGAAAGGUUUGCUAGAAUGGCCCUGACUCAUCGAAAUAUUAAUAAGUGGUUUGGGAAGAGAAAGGAGGAAAGGGUUGGGGUUGGGGAUGAGGAACCUUUGAUUCUGGGGUGGCUACAUGGUCACCCAUGGUAGAGAGCUGCAGCUGUGCUGCAAUCAGUUACCCAAGGUAAAAGUUACCAGUGGAAUUUAGAGAUGGAUCCAACUCCUGGAUGCAUAAGGACAUGCAAGCUGCUAGGAAAAUUCACUUUGAGUUUGUGUGUGUGGGUUUCUACUCAUUUAUGUUUUGUCAUUAGACCUUUCUUACAAGGCUAAUAGCUUUUUUGUGUUAUUAUAAAUUUCCAAACUUUGGACUGUAUCUUCUGUUUUGUAAAAGUCUUGAGAGAAAUACUCAACAUUGCUUGCUGAGAAAACAGCUCUUUGCAGCAAGUAGAGGUUUUUCUUCAUACCGUGCUUAAGUGUGGGAUGCCCCUAAUUAGAGCUGCUGGUAGCAGGUGCUGAGGGCUUGAGAGCUGUGCAACUGGAAACAGGGCUGUGGCCAGACACCACAUCCUAAAGAGAGCAGGAGGCUCAGUGAGCUUUGAAUAAACUACAGCUUUGAGUAACAGAGCUGUGCCUCACUCUUGCUAAAGGUAACCACUGGCUUGGGUAUGCACUGAACUGGACAAUGCUUAUUUAUGCCCUUUGGGAGAAAUAAUUAUCUUUUGAAUGUAAUGAUCUAAUGUGGACUAAAUUAGGCAUGUCCUCUUCUUCCUGCAUACCAGUGCCCUGAGCUCCUGAUUGGUUAGAGAGAGGACUUAAAAGGCCAAUUGCAGCCAGUUUAGACACUAGCUCAGAUAGCCUAAAAUAACCUCCUUGAUGAAGCACAAAGGUUCAGGGAUGACUAAGAUGUCCUGUGUCCUCUGGGUUCUGGCUCUGAGGGAAACUCAUAAGGCACCCUAAUUCUAACCCCAACAAUCCACAUGAGUCAGGACAGUUCUCAUGUACCCCUGCCAUAUACCCCACCAUGGAUUGCCAAAAUAAAUGACCACAUGCCUGUUCUUUGAACCAUUCUCACUGAACCACUCCAAAGGAAUUCUGGGGCCAGACUGAAAAAAAAAAAAAAAAACCUGCACACAAUACACAAAUCUAUCUCAAAAGCAGGAAAAGUAGCACAAGACAGGACUUGAAUUAUAGGGCACUAACAUCUCAAGGAGGUAGGUCAGAAGUGUCAGAGCAGAACACUUAGGAGAUCAGUAUUUGGCAGAUGAUAUAGCGAAGUAAUUAGAACUGUUAGGCCAGAGCAUUUGGAGUUGGACCACGGAAAUGGAACUCUGAAGAGAAAGAUGGGAAAGAUGAAUGAAAACCAAAGAAAACUACUGGUGAUGUGAAUGAAUAAAAGUCCAAACGGGCCACUUUAACAGAGAACUUGGAACAUACUUUAUUAUUCUUGGAAUUUCUCCCUGACAAGUAGUAUUUUUGUUAAUCUAGUAUUACCUGACAUUUAAUCCUUCUAUCAAUUGCAGUAUUUCUAAUUUCUUAGAAAAAUAGAAAUAAAAUUUUUCUUAGAUUUCAAUUGGAGAAUCUCAAAAUCAUUGAAAUCAUAAUCACAGAAUUUAUACCAAUAUUGCUAUAAUCAAAGUUAGCUUAACAAAGUCAAGAGCUUUCAAAGAUAGAAAAAACUUGGCCUUGAUUUCUUCCAUAGUCCAUUUCUGCUACCUCAGAGUCUAGAAUAGGAAACUGUCUGAAUGAAGUUAAAAGUAUUCAAAACUUGACCUUAUCAGAUAAGUACUAUCAGAUACCCUUACUGACCUACAAGGACAACCAAUAAUUUCUGCUUUCUAAGGCAGAGAAUGAGGUUGUUUUAAAGCUAACUUACUAGUUAUAUCACCUCAGGGAAGCUAUUUAACCUCUGAGCCUCAAUGUAAAGUGGGACUAAAUGCUUUGUCCAAUACAUGGUGCAGAAUUGUUGCUUACCCCAGGUUGUGUUCUUUUUCCUUCCAGUUGUUUUCACAGAACCUUAGAGAGCACUAAAAAUCAAAAUAGUGUGAGAACUGGCAAAACUUAAUACCCGUCUGGGCAUUCUUGCUCAAUAAAUGAUCGGUGGUUUGACAGUGGUUUUUAAGCAGUACUUCUGAUUCUUUCUUUGGUCCAAUGGUUGACUGACAUCUGUGGUAGCCAGUUUCCAAGAGGACUCCCAGUGAUCAUCACCUCCUGAUACUUACCACUCCCACACUGACUCAAGGCUGGCUCUGUGUAACCAGAGUACUGUAGAAGUGACAAUGUUAACUUCAGAGGCUUGAUCAAAAAAAAAAGCUUUGCAGCUACUUGUUCUCUUGAAUUACCUUGCUCUGAGGGGAGCUAGUUACCAUGCUGUGAAGACUGAUGGCUGUGUGACCUUGGACAACUUAUGUGAUUUUUCUGAGCUUCAGUUUUCCUCACCUUUAAAAUGAAAUAUUUAUUUCACAGGGUGUCAUGAAGAUUAAAUAAGAUUUGCAGGUAAAGCACAUAGCAGGAUGUCUGGCACAUAGUAAGCUCUCAUGACAUUUGGCUAAUUUACGGUGGUGGUGGUAGAAGCUGCAGUAGUAGCAAUUGAUUGGAUGUGAAAUGUGAAAGAAAGAGGAAUCAAGGAUGAUUCCUAGGUUUUUGGCUUGACUAACUGAAGGAGCGAUGGUAUCAUUUACUGAGUUUGGGAACAACACAGGAAGUGAAGGACAUUUUUUUUAUGGACCAAAGGUGCUAUGCCCCAAAUAGUUUUACCUAUUUUUCAAUCACUUAGAAAUAGCAUUCCAUGUCCACUUUUUCUUCUCUAGAUUACAUCAAACUGUUUUUUUUUGUUCCAAAUAAUUCCUUCCCCAAACAUGAGAAAUUACUGAAGGAAGAGUGGUAGAAGCCAAAUUAUUCUGUAAUCAAUAGCCAUGUAACCCUGGAUGAGUCACUGUUCUUAGUUAAAUAGUGGCAAACGUUGCAAAGAUGAAUAGCAGAACAAAAUCCAGACAUUUCAGGUAGUUGUUAUUUUUGUUUGAGAGAGAAAUUAUUAGCAAACAUCAGAGAGACUUUAUGAAAUCACCAUGAACUUAAGGUAAGCUUUGGGGCUUAUGAGAAAUGGCAAAGUACUUCCAUUAAUUUUUAAAUGAAGAUUUACUGAAAACUAAAGUGCUCAGGCUUCAUGAAAUUAGAUUUCUGUUUUCUUUUUUAGACUCCCACUGGCUUAACUACCCAAGGAAGGGCAGUGCUUGAUGCAAGUCUGGCUCCCAAACUCUACACUUAGCUUUCAUUUAGUUAGUAGUUCACAGACUGGUUGAACAAUUCUAUACAUAAAGUUGUUUUCACAAUUCUUUUUUUGUCUGUUUGUUUUAGAGACAGAGUCUCACCCUGUCACCCAGGCUGGAGUGCAGUGGUGCCAGCAUAGCUCAUUGUAACCUUGAACUCCUGGCUCAAGUGAUCUUCCUGCCUCAGCCUCCUGAGUAAGUAGCAUGGAUUAGUUCAUUAGUAACCAAACUGGGACCCAAACCCCUGGGUGCCAUCUAUGCUUAUGGUGAGCUUCUCUGGGCUUCUUCAACCUUAAAAUAAAGGGUCUCAACCCAUAUAUGAUCAUGAAGUUCUAUUCCAGUUCUAUGAUAUUUGAUUCUAGUAAGUUGCUAUAAGUAAGAAAACUUUUGAGUUUUGUUUCCCUUUAUUUUUGAUGAAGAUGGAGUGCAAAUAAAGCCAUCCACAAAUGAUUUUACAGACAAAUUUAUACCAGUAUCUUAUUGGGUUACCAUAGAGUGGGGUUCCUUCUAUCACUGUGUCAUAUAAAACUAGCUAUGGAUGAUUGAACCUAUGAACUUCGGUCAAUCAUGCCAACAAAACUAACUGAAGUGUAACUAGUUCAUGAAAUAACCAUAAGGAAGUACAAUAUGUAUAUUGUCUAUCAACUUCCUCCCACCACAGAAAUAGAGAAAUGAGGGUUUUUUUUUGAGGAGGUAGUUGCUACAUUUACCAUAACUAUUGAAAUUCUUCAAUACUCUGUUUAAUUCCUCUUUUUCCCACUAUAGUUGGUGUCAUGCAAGAAUUUAUUCACAUUGACUAAGUAUACUAGAAGAGUGAAGAUCAGAGAAUCUUAACUCUGAAAUUUGGCAUCACUACCCUGAACAAUAUAUAACUACCUGUACAGAUCCUGUGGCAAAGUUCAACAAAAUCUGAUCUAAAUGAACAACUCAACAUGUAUUCAGCCAUCCGUGAUCACGUCCACGGCUUUACCGAUCACUUACACCUUCCUUUGUAUUGUUGGUCUCUUUGGAAACUCUCUCUCUCAAUGGAUAUUUUUAAGAAAAAUAGGUAAGAGAACAUCAACACACAUCUACCUGGCACACCUUGUGACUGCAAACUUGCUUGUGUGCAGCGCCAUGCCUUUCAUAGCUAUCUAUUUCCUGAAAGGUUUCCAAUGGGAAUAUCAAUCUGUACAAUGCAGAGUGGUCAGUUUUCUGGGAGUUCUAUCCAUUCAUGUAAGUAUGUUUGUCAGCCUCUUAAUUUUAAGUUGGAUUGCCAUAAGCCGCUAUGCUACCUUAAUGAAAAAGGAUUCCACGCAAGAGACCACUUCGUGCUAUGAAAAAAUAUUUUAUGGCCAUUUAUUGAAAAAAUUUCGCCAGCCCAACUUUGCUAGAAAACUAUGCAUUUACAUAUGGGGAGUUGUACUGGGCAUAAUUCUUCCAGUUACCAUAUACUACUCGGUUGCAGAGGCUAUAGAAGGAGAAGAGCGCCAGUGCUAUAAUCAGCAGAUGGAACUAGGAGCCACAAUUUCUCAGAUUGCAAGUCUUGUUGGAACCACAUUUAUUGGAUUUUCAUUUUUAGUAGUACUAACAUCAUACUACUCUUUUGUAAGCCAUUUGAGAAAAAUAAGGACCUGUACGUCCAUUAUGGAGAAAGAUUUGACUUACAGUUCUGUGAAAAGACAUCUUUUGGUCAUCCAGAGUCUACUAUUAGUUUGUUUCCUUCCAUAUAGUAUUUUUAAACCCAUAUUUUAUGUUCUACACCAAAGAGAGGAUUGUCAGCAAUUGAAUUAUUUAAUAGAAACCAAAAAUAUCCUCACCUGUCUUGCUUCAGCCAGAAGUAGCACAGACCCCAUCAUAUUUCUUUUAUUAGAUAAAACAUUCAAAAAGACACUAUAUAAUCUCUUUACAAAGUCUAAUUCACCACACAACCAUAUGGUUGACAUUUGAAUGGAAAAUACCACAAACAGAAAAGCGUUCAUGUGGCUCUAUUAGGGGCACUAAACUACAUCAUUAACAUGCUAGCUUGUUCGCUAACUGGCACCAAGAAAACCUCUUUAGUUUUUAAAAAUAGAUAUUCAUCUCUGUGGCAAGCAAUAUGGAGAUACCUCAAAGAGCUACAAGUA